AUGUAUGUGAAAUGGUUUGAUACAGUAAUGUUUUACUAUGUUAUUUUAGUGAAUUUAGUGAAUGUCACUUUUACAACUUUCAAAUUUCCCGCCAGUUCCGUCCCCAUACGUCCUGACGUCGCAGUGAACGGAACCCAGAAGACAGAUGCUGGCAUUGGCUGGAGGACAUUGCAGGGGACACUGCAGGAGGGACAUCGCGGGAGCGCAGGACAAGGUAAGUGCAGAAGAGAUCCCGGAGCAGCGCUGCAGGAUAUUCCCGAGUGUAGCUUGGGGUUACCGCUUGUGCUACACUCGGGAAUACCUCCAGGGAGG